UACGUUGUGUUAAGCAUAUGCUUCGCAUUCAGUAAUGGGGUUCCUUGCAAACAUUGUUGCGGCCGCAUCGGUGGUGCUUCUGAUAGCAUCUUAUCCGCCUGGGGUAAGAGCAGAUUCUUGUACCAUCACCUCAUAUGACCAAAUCAGUAGCGUAGUAUCCAGUUGUAGUACCGUGACUUUUGGAAGUUUUACGGUACCGUCCGGAAAUAAACUGGAUAUUAAAUUCUUAGAUGGUGCUUAUGUUACCUUCACUGGUCAAAUUAAAUUCGAACACUACAAUGGCGAUGGCCCACUUAUAAAGUUGACAAUUAGCAAUGGUGUGGUGAAAGGAGAUGACAAUCACUUGUUUAAUGGGCUCGGAGAAACAUACUGGGGCUUAAGCGAUACUAAGCCUCUACUAAUGCGUCUUGUCGGACAACACACUGGAUUUUAUGGAUUCAAAAUAAAGAAUUGUCCUCAACGGUGUGUUUCGAUUAACAGUUCCAAGAAUUCCGUCAUAGGAAGUUUCAUAAUCGACAAUACUGACGGCAUUGGUAAAGCAAAAAAUACCGAUGGAUUCGAUGUCAGUUCGUCUAGCAAUAUUGUAAUUAAAGACACCACCGUGACCAAUCAAGAUGAUUGUGUGGCUAUUAAUUCAGGUUCUGAUAUUUUAGUGGACAACCUUCAUUGUAUCGGAAGUCACGGAUUCGAUAUUUCUGUUGGACAGGGUAGUGGAAAUACCAACUUUGUUACAAACGUUACCUUCCAGAACUCCAUACUAACUGAAGGUAUGGUAGGCCUCAGUAUGCUUUCGCAUGUUGAGGGUGGAACCGGAGAAGUUAACACUGUUAAUUAUAAUAAUAUCAAAAUAGAAGGCGCUACCGACUACGCAGUUUUCUUUCAUCAAGAUUUCUCCAGUGCUUCCCAGGGUAACACGGGUGUUCCAGUAGGCACCGUUGUAUUUUCUGACAUCACUCUCAAUAAUGUUUCUGGCUAUGUGGACAGCAAUAAGGCCGCUGCAGUGUGCUUACGAUGUGCGUCGGGAUACUGUAAAAAUUUCAACUUCAACGGGUUACAGAUAAGCGGUGCUAAGAAGAAGGACGAAUGCAGCAUCCAACCAAACGGAUAUAAAUGCAAUACUUAAAAAGUUUAUUGUCAUUUCGAAAAGGAAAAUAAACCUCAU